AUGGGGCGGGGGGCUGAAUUGACCUCGGAGACCAAAUUGCUUUACGCCCACGGCCCUGAGAUCCAGCAGCACCUCGGCAAAUCUAUCCCACGAUCCUUCCUGCCGGCCGAAGAGCCGCUCCUAUUGGCCGCCGCAAACGAAGCGCACGUGAUAUUUAUAACUGUAUUUCUGGGUCGUCGGCAAACGGACGAGCGGCGGGCGGGCUCGGCUGCAGGGGCCCCGUUCACCUUCUUCGACCCCAAUGACCCGGCCUGCCAGGAGAUCCUGUACGACCCCGCCACCACGGUGCCGGAGCUGUUCGCCAUCAUCCGGCAGUGGGUUCCCCAGGUGCAGCACAAGAUCGACAUCAUCGGCAAUGAGAUCCUGAAGCGCGGCUGCCACGUGAACGACCGGGACGGGCUGACGGACAUGACGCUGCUGCACUACGCCUGCAAGGCCGGUGCCCACGGCGUGGGGGACCCCGCGGCCGCCGUGCGCCUGUCCAACCACCUGCUGGUUCUGGGGGCCGACGUGACCCUGCGGAGCCGCUGGACCAACAUGAACGCCUUGCACUAUGCCGCCUACUUCGACGUGCCCGAGCUCAUCCGCAUCCUGCUCAAGGCCUCCAAGCCCAAAGUGAUCAACUCCACCUGCAGCGACUUCAACCACGGGACCGCUCUGCACAUCGCCGCCUCCAACCUCUGCCUGGGGGCCGUCAAGUGUCUGCUGGAGCACGGCUCCCCCCCCGCCGUGAGGGUGAGCCCUGGGCGGGUGUACGGCCCGGGGGGGCCCGACCCUCGGGGCAGGGACCCCCUUGGGGAGGGGCAGGGCGCAGUGGGAGACCAGGAGCUGAAGCAGCUGCUGCUGGACGCGGUGCCGCUGAGCUGCAACCUGCCCAAGGUGACGCUGCCCAACUACGACAACAUCCCCGGCAACCUCAUGCUGGCCGCCCUCGGCCUCAAGCUGGGCGACCGCGUCCUCGUCGACAGCCAGAAGGCGGGCACCCUGCGUUUCUGCGGCACGACGGAGUUCGCCAGCGGGCAGUGGAUCGGGGUGGAGCUGGACGAGCCCGAGGGCAAGAACGACGGGAGCGUGGGCGGGAUCCGCUACUUCAUCUGCCCCCCCAAGCAAGGGGUUUUUGCCUCCGAGUCCAAAAUCACCAAGGCCACGGACCAGACGCCGUCCUCAGUGACCUCCACCCCCAAGACGCCCCGCAUGGACUUCUCCCGCGUCACCGGCAAGGGCCGCAAGGACAAGAAAGCGCUCAGGAAGAAGUCCCUGUCCGUGGGCAGCCUGGACCGGGAGGGGCUGAAGAUCGAGCUGGGGGACCAGGUGCUGGUGGCGGGGCAGAAGCAAGGGGUCGUCCGCUUCUACGGCAAGACCGACUUUGCCCCGGGCUACUGGUUCGGCAUCGAGCUGGACAAGGCUACGGGCAAGCACGACGGCUCGGUCUUCGGGGUGCGGUACUUCACCUGCUCCCCCAAGCACGGGGUCUUCGCCCCCCCGACCAGAGUCAAGAGGAUCGGAGGCCCCAAGGACUCCCAAGGCGACGGCAGCUCGGCCAAGAAGGUCCAUCAGGUCACGAUGUCCCAGCCAAAGCGAAGCUUCCCGGCUGUGAGGACCCCCAAGGACAUCACGUCAGAGAGCUCCAUCUCCAGAUUGCUUUUCUGCUGCUGGUUCCCUUGGAUGCUGCGGGCAGAGAUGCAGUCGUAAAACCCCGGCCCCGUGCCCCCCCGUGCCCCGAGUAACCCAGAGACGGCUCCUCUGUCCCGGUCCCAUCUCUCUCUCU